UUCUGAGACAUCGGCCGAUAGCAAUUAGAAAGGGAAACAGUUCCGAUCUCAGAAAACGCUGAGAGAGUGGUUACUUCCAUCGGCUUGUGUCAAAUGUAAACAAGGAUUCGACUUUUUCUAGUGCGGAAAACUCUCCUCUGUUACACAUGGAUAACGUCAGGGAACGUUGUUUACGUUUCGAAGACACAGAAAUUGAUAAGGCUUCAUUGCAAACAAUUCAAAAAGAAAUUGGAGAAUCUCCCCAGUCGAGAACUAAGUGUUUGAGGGAAUUAAGAGAAAAGUUAAAGGAAGUAAAAGACAUCGACCCCUGCCUCGAGGAAGCAUUUCUGCUGGCGUUCCUGCGGGUUGCGAAAUUCGAUGUUGCGAAGGCGUUCCAACGGGUCAUCAACUAUUACACGCAGCAUGACAAACUGCUGGCCGCUUUCGAAGGCAUCUCCAUGUCCGUUGCCACGGCGAGGAGUCCCCAGCACAUCUGGGCAUCUCCUUAUAGACUAGAAAAUAAUUCUAUUUUGAUCGUAGGAAGAGGUCCAACUUUUGACUUCAACAGUAUUACUUUGAUAGAACGCUUUUACUUGGAAGUGGUCGUUGUCAACAGUUUCAUCAACAAUCCUCUAACUCAGCUGUAUGGAAUCACCGCAAUUUUCGACUAUACGGGAUUCCGGUACAGCUCAAUAUUUCAUUACACUCCGGGGAUAGUGCGCCUUCUUGUAAACACUUUACAGAACAGUCUACCUCUACCAAUCAAAGCUUGCCAUGUAGUAAAUUUGCCUCCUAUUCUCACAUCUGUGGCAAAUAUCGUCUUCGGUCUACUUUCUAAGAAAAUUAAAAGCAGGAUAACAUUCCAUCCUUCGAAUGACGGAUAUAAAAGCCUUCAUGCUGUUCUGAAUCCUGAACUCAUUCCAGAAGAAUUCGGAGGUAACAUCAAGCAAUCAAAAAUGAUCGAUCUUUCCGAAAAAAUUGAAGAGCUGGAGUUGCAACUCAUGGAUCGUUUCAAAUUCGGUUACGUCAAGUCUCAGGAACGACGAGAAGCUUUCAGACUAAAUCCGCCUAUCAAUGCUCACAAAGCAGUUGAAGAGAAUGAAGAGAAUGUAAAUGUAUCAUCAACAAAUAAUGGUGAAUAGAAAAGAAUUGUCGAGACGUAUUUGGACUAAUUUUAUAUGUUUUAUUUGUAUUUUACUGGUUAAGUGUUGCCAAUUCCCUGUUGGAUAAAUGUCGUUACUUGUUAAGUAUUGUUGUUGAUAUAUUAAUAUGUAAUUUCAUUUCAAUAACUUUUGUAUGUCGAAAUUUUGUUCAAAUAAAACUUCCGUGAUGUCCUUC